GAAAUUAUUAAUGCAAUAAUAAGGAUAAGGAAGUACCAUUUAAGAUUUCAAUGUUUUGGAGAAAUUGGGAGAAGGUUCAUUUUCUUCAGUUUACAAGGUAUGGGUAUAGAAAAUAUUAAGGUGUAACGAAAAUCGGAUGGUUAAUAUUAUGCAAUGAAAAAGGUGGGUAUAUCUCAGUAGACAUAUAAAGAGAGAGAGAAUGCUUUAAAUGAAAUUCGUAUUCUAGCAUCACUUGACUCUCCAUACAUAGUUGAAUUUAAGGAUUCCUUUCUAGAUUCUGAAGGCAAGACGCUGUAUGUAAUAAUGGAAUUUGCAUCUGGCGGAGACUUAAAUAGUUUAUUAAAGCAAGGGAAGAUGAAAGGAGGAGUAGAAGAAGUAGAAAUUUGGAGAGUCUUAACUUAAAUAACUUUGGGAGUAAAGAUGUUGCACGACAACAAUAUCUUGCAUCGAGAUUUAAAAUUGGCAAAUGUAUUCAUAGGCAAAUCACCAGAAGGGAAUAUCUACAAAAUAGGUGAUUUGAAUAUAAGUAAAGUCACUCAUGGAGCCAAUGCUAGAACUUAAGCAGGAACACCUUGUAUCAUAAACAUAUUAAUUAAUUAGAUUAUGCAUCUCCAGAAGUUUGGAAAGGUGAAUAGUAUUCUUGGCCUUGUGAUAUAUGGUCUAUUGGAUGUAUCAUUUAUGAAUUAGCAGCUUAAUAACCUCCAUUCAGAGCUGCUGAUCUUUAAUCUUUAAGUAGAAGAAUUCAAACUGGUGUUUAUGAUUCAAUCCCAGCAAAAUACAGUAAAGAUUUAUCUGAAGUCAUCAAAAUGAUGUUAUAAGUCAAUCCUCGUAAUAGACCUAGUUCUGAUGCAAUCCUUAAAAAUCCUAUUGUUAUAAAAAAUAGUGGCUCACUUUUAGUUGAAGAAGAAGUAGGAGGCAAAAAAAUGGCUAAACUCUUAUAAACUAUUAAGUUACCUUACAAUUUAAAGUAAUUAAAAGGUAAUCUUCCAAAACCUAAUUAUGAAAAUAAAAUCAAAAGAUCUAAUUCAUAAUCAGGAAUUAGAGUCAAUACUGAUAUCAGCCAAACACCAUAACCUGUUAAAAAAUAACCAGAAGAUAUUAAACCACCACCUCAAUAAGUUUAAAGACCACCAUAAUAACAACAACCUUAAUAAUAAUAAUUUAAUAAACCUCCUCUACUUAAGCCUCCUGUUGCUCAACCACCAAAACCAUAAUAACCUCAAACUCCUUAAUAAUUAUACAAUAAAGUCUAAUAAUAAGAAUAGAGAUUAUUAGGAUAAUAAAAGUAUUACUUUUUUUCAUUUCUAUUUAGAUAUUCAAAUGUUCCAUCAUAAAAUUAAUAAUAGAUUACUCCUAGAGCUUAAUCUCCAAGAGGAAACUAAUAAUAGAGUUAUCAAAAAAAUGCUGCUGGCAUGCCCUCUGGAAUGAGAAGAUAAUAUAGUGCUGGCCCUAUUGGAAGAAGAUGA